AUGGCUCAUGAGUCACAGGAGGAUAUGACGCAGAGAAUACAUGAGGCCUACUCAAGCAGCAUUUUAUACGAGGAGCGCAAUCAUCUCAUUCUCAACAUAGCGACAUUACAACAAAUGCACCUGGAGUAUCUAAGACAAGACAUUGGAAAGCGCGGAUUCAAUAUCUUCACAUCAUCCCCAAACAAUACUGAGAAAUCAUGCCGAGCGUUGGGACCCGCGAUCAAAGGAUACGUCAAUGCUCUACGAGAUUUUGACUACAUGAUCAAAUCCGGAUUGACAUCAAAUGCUAGCGAUCCUUUCAUUAUUACCACCGAAGUCACCUUAGAACGAAAACUUCUGAAGGAGCUUGCGACCCAAUCUCUCCAAAGCCCUUGUCACCUUUCUGGUGCCGCCGAGCGAUUGUGCAAACGGCUAUCGGAUGCAGCAAUGUUGCUAGACCCGGACGCAGAGGACUCUACAGAACCGGGGUGCCAUUUUCGCCUUUCUGAUACCGCCAAGCGUUUGCGUGAACGGUUGUCGGAUGCAGGAAUAUUGGCAGACCCGGACGUAGAGGGUUGUCCAGAAGCGGUGCCGAAAGAGUUGUCCUACCCGAUUGAUUUGCAAAAGCCGAAGAUGCUUGGCGGUAGUCCCAGACUCACCGCCCAAAAACAGGCUUACCUGGCAUAUGCUCAAAGGAUUCUAGCGGGAGCAGUAGGCGGUGGACUCCUUCUUUUUCCAAGUUCGAUCAUGGCGUUUUAUCCGGGGCUCACGACCUCGAUGUGGGUGACAUCAACUUUUGUAAUGCUCUUUGCCAGCUUGGCACCUAUCCUUCUCGCGACCCCGAACGAGGUAGUCUCUGCAACUGCUGCAUAUACAGCAGUUCUCGUAGUUUUCGUUGGCACAAGUUUAGCGAGUGAUGGUGGUUUGAGUGUUUGA